GGGCGGGGCGGGACGGGGGCCGGCGAGCUGCGCGCGCGGCUCCCGCCUGGGUCAGCGGCGGCGGCGGCGGGGCCGGGGCCCGCGGGGCCGCGCCGGGGGGCGGCGGGAUGGCGGUGCCCUUCGUGGAGGACUGGGACCUGGUGCAGACGCUGGGCGAAGGCGCCUACGGGGAGGUGCAGCUGGCGGUGAACCGGCGCACGGAGGAGGCCGUGGCCGUGAAGAUCGUGGACAUGAAGCGGGCGGCCGAGUGCCCGGACGACGUCAGGAAGGAGAUCUGCAUCCACAAGAUGCUCAGCCACGAGCACGUCGUGCGCUUCUACGGGCACCGGCGCGAGGGGGCCACGCACUACCUCUUCCUCGAGUACUGCAGCGGCGGCGAGCUCUUCGACCGCAUCGAGCCCGACGUCGGCAUGCCCGAGGCGGAGGCGCAGCGCUUCUUCCAGCAGCUCAUCGCCGGCGUGGUCUACCUGCACGGCCUCGGCAUCACCCACCGCGACCUCAAGCCCGAGAACCUGCUGCUGGACGAGCGAGACAACCUCAAAAUCUCCGACUUCGGCCUGGCCACCGUCUUCAAGCACAACGGCCGCGAGCGGCGGCUCAGCAGGAUGUGCGGCACGCUGCCCUACGUGGCCCCCGAGCUGCUGCGCCGCGGCCCCUUCCGCGCCGAGCCCGCCGACCUCUGGGCCUGCGGCAUCGUCCUCACCGCCAUGCUGGCCGGAGAGCUGCCCUGGGACCAGCCGAGCGACGCCUGCCAGGAGUACAGCGACUGGAAGGAGAGGAAGACCUACCUGCCGCCCUGGAAGAAGAUCGACUCGGCGCCGCUGGCGCUGCUGCGCAAGAUGCUGGCGGAGAGCCCCGCGGCGCGGGCCACCGUGGCCGACGUGGCCCAGGACCGCUGGUACUGCCGCCCGGCGCGGCGCCCGGGGCGCGAGGCCGGCGGCAAGCGGGCGCGGGCGGCCUCGCCGGGCGGCCUGGGCAAGCAGGCGCGCUCCCACGCCCACCUCCCGCCCGCCGAGGGCCCGCUCAGCGAGGAGCAGACGAGCUACUCGACGUCGCAGCCCGAGCCCGGCACCGGCGGCGCCCCGUGGGACAGCGGCGCGGGCGGCAGCGAGCGCCCGGCGCGCGGCAUCAGCUUCUCGCAGCCGGCGCGCCCCGAGCACAUGCUGCUCAACAGCCAGCUGCUGGGCACCCCCGGCUCCUCGCAGAGCCCCUGGCAGCGCCUGGUGAAGCGCAUGACGCGCUUCUUCACCAAGCUGGACGCCGCCUGCUCGUACCGGGCGCUCAAGGAGGUCUGCGAGAGGAUGGGCUACGGCUGGAAGAGGAGCUGCACCAACCAGGUCACCAUCUCCACCACGGACCGGCGCAACAACCAGCUGGUCUUCAAGGUGAACCUGCUGCAGAUGGAGAGCAGGAUCCUGGUGGACUUCCGCCUCUCCAAGGGCGACGGCCUGGAGUUCAAGCGGCACUUCCUGAAGAUCAAGGGCGAGCUGGGCGACGUGGUCAGCGCCCACCGGCUGUGGCUGCCGCCGAGCUGAGCCUCUUCCUCCCCCUCCUCCUCCUCCUCCUCUUCCUCUUCCUCCUCCUCCUCCUCAGGACCCCCCGCUCCCCCCCUCCCUCCUUUCCCGGAGCCACCCGGUGGGUGCACGUGUCUGUCCCCCCCCCCCCCGACGGGGGCUUUCGUCCGUCAAGAAAUAAAUUUAAUUGCUUUAUUAAUAAA